CACAGCACACAGGAGCUGGCCACAGAGGCGGGCCAGGGCCGGAGCUGCAGGCGCCUGGCAGAGAGAGGCCCAGCCUGGCGGUGGGGAAACUGAGGCAGUGGUGCGGCCCUGGAGACGGCGGGUCAGGGCUGGACCUUCCUGGCCCAAGGUCCUGCCUCAGUUGGGCCUCUGGUUGCCGAGGUCUGAGAAGGGGUUGGACCUGAGGACCCAGGGCUGACCCCGGGUUCUCAGUCGCUGUCUGACCACUGCUGGGACCCCACCAGGCCCGCUGCCUGUGAGAGCAUGAGUGAGCAGGAGAGGGAGACGGAGGAGGAUGAGGGCGGGGGCCCUUCAGACAUGGCACCCAUGCUGCCCCGAAGGCGCCCGGACCACAGGGCUGGACCAUCCGCCCUGGGGCUGCCCGGCCGGAUGCUGGCUGGGCUCCUGCUCCACCUGCUGCUGCCUGGGGCCGUGUUCCUGCUGGUGCUGACGCCGGCAGCCGCCACCAUCUACCUGGGAUUCCUGUGCCACUCCAGGGUGAGCCGGGCCCUCCGGGGGAGCUGGGGGAGGAGGGGGCGCUGCGGGGACUCCCGGGAGUGGGGUCCUGUGGAAGCUCAGGGCACUGGGCCUGAGGGUGAACCGUCCCCCUUGUUGCCAGAGACAUGUGUGCCCCUCCCGGGAGAGCCCUUCUCCUGCCAGCCCCUCCCCCACUGGCCACAGCAGAAGGGCCUUUGUUCCCACUAUGGGGACAGCUCUCUCCCUCCCCUGAGGCCCCCAGCCUUGUACCAGGGGCCACCAGGGCCUGGGCAGCUGGGCAGGGUGGGAGGAGGAGAGGGCUCCAGGAAGAGAAGAUGAUGUCCGAUUUCACCAGUCCACAGCCGCUCCUCCC